AUGGUUAACGUCAUUACUUCAGUCGAUCAAUUCAAACAAUCUAUUGCUCAAGAUAAAUUAGUUGUUGUUGAUUUCUUUGCCACAUGGUGUGGUCCUUGUAAAAUGAUUGCUCCAAUUUUAGAAAAAUUUGAUAAAGAAUAUACUAAUGUUGAUUUCUUUAAAUUAGAUGUUGAUGAAUUAGGUUCAGUUGCUCAAGAACAAGAAGUUAGUGCUAUGCCAACUAUUAUUUUUUACAAGAAUGGUUCAGUUGUUGAUAAAAUUAUUGGUGCUAAUCCAAAUGCUAUCAAACAAAAACUUGUUUCACUUUCUGCUUAA